AUGGCUCAGUCUGGACUGCAUCCAGCGCCUGUGGCACAGGAAUCUUCAAAGGCUGAGCACGAACCCGAGCCCAAAGGAUCGCAAGCAGAAUUCGACCCAAUGGAUAUAGAUCUAGAGCCAAUUCCCGAGGAAGAACCAGAGGAGGUAGAGCCCGAGGCGGAACCCGAGAAUGAGCCUGCUGAGUCGGCAGAGCCUGAGGAAGAACCGGAUUAUAUACUCCCAUUUGAGCAGUGGAUGGACCCUAAUUUCGUACCGGAGGACGAUUUCUUUGAGGAGCCAGUCGAGGAGGAACAAAUCGAGGUUCCAGCAGAGUCUGGGGAUAUAGACCACCCGAUCGUGAUAGAGGCAGAGUCGGAGUCCUCGGAAGAACAGGCUGAUCAGGGAGGCUCAGAUUCGGAUGAUGAGGAGUCUGAUUCAGAGUGGACGCCGAGUAAGGGGCGUAGGGGCUAG